AUGCUUUUAUGCCGGAAUCGAGAGGAAUCCGAGGACCGAGGUAGGGAAUGUGGCUCGAAUGCGAGUGUGAAGCAAGGAGAUAUUGUGCAAGAUGAGAAAUUAGAGCGUUGUCGACUCCGCUUCCCCCGUCCGUCCAUAUCUCGCAUCCACCGUCCGUCGCCACAGCUUCCCCCAUCCGUCGCACCAGCUUCCCCCGCCCAUCGCCCUCGCUUCCCCCGCCCAUCGCCCUCGCUUUCCCCUCCCGUCGCCCUCGCUUUCCCCUCCUGUCGCCCUCGCUUCCCCCUCCCGUCGCCCUCGCUUCCCCCUCCCGUCGCCCUCGCUUCCCCCUCCCGUCGACCUCCCAUCCCCCUCCCGUCCCCCUCCCGUCCCCCUCCCGUCCCCCGCCAAUCGUCCUCCCGUCCCCCUCCCAUCGCCCUCCCGUCGCCCUCCCAUCCCCCUCCCAUCCCCCUCCCAUCCCCCUCCCAUCCCCCUCCCAUCCCCCUCUCAUCCUCCUCCCAUCCCCCUCCCAUCCGCCUCCCAUCCCCCUCCCAUCCCCCUCCCAUCUCCCUCCCAUCCCCCUUCCAUCCCCCUCCCAUCGCCCUCCCAUCCCCCUCCCGCCGCCCUCCCAUCCCCCUCCCCUCCCCCUCCCAACCCCCUCCCACACCCCUCUCAUCCCCCUCCCAUCCCCCUCCCAUCCCCCUCCCAUCCCCCUCCCAUCCCCCUCCCAUCCCCCUCCCAUCCCCCUCCCAUCCCCCUCCCAUCCCCCUCCCAUCCUCCUCCCAUCCCCCUCCCAUCUCCCUCCCAUCCCCCUUCCAUCCCCCUCCCAUCGCCCUCCCAUCCCCCUCCCGCCGCCCUCCCAUCCCCCUCCCAUCCCCCUCCCAACCCCCUCCCACCCCCCUCUCAUCCCCCUCCCAUCCCCCUCCCAUCCCCCUCCCAUCCCCCUCCCAUCCCCCUCCCAUCCCCCUCCCAUCCCCCUCCCAUCCCCCUCCCACCCCCCGUCCAUCCUCCUCCCAUCCCCCUCCCAUCCCCCUCCCAUCCCCCUCCCAUCCCCCCUCCCAUCUCCCUCCCAUCCCCCUCCCAUCCCCCUCCCAUCCCCCUCCCGCCCCCCUCCCAUCCCCCUCCCACCCCCCUCUCAUCCCCCUCCCACCCCCCUCUCAUCCCCAUCCCAUCCCCCCUCCCAUCCCCCUCCCAUCCCCCUUCCAUCUCCCUCCCAUCGCCCUCCCAUCCCCCUCCCAUCCCCCUCCCAUCGCUCUCCCAUCCCCCUCCCAUUCGUUCUGCUCAUCUUUCCGUCCUUAUUUUCCUGGGUCAAUCUGUUUCCCCUGCUCAUUCUCUCCCGCUCACUGUGUUUCUCCUGCCCAUACUCUCCCCAACUACUCGCUCUGUUCCUCUCUGCUCACUCUCUUUCCCCCUGUCCCAGGCCCCCAACACCACAGGCCAAGGUUGCAUGCAGUGUAG